AACCCACCGUCCGGGCGGGUUCUCCCAAAUGCGGAGCACGCUGUGUAAACUCCGGCGCAGAUGUGCGGUGGAGGUCAAACUCAACUCCAUCCUAACUGUUGCUUCUAGUUAACGCGGGCUCGCCAGCGGGGUGAGGGAAGCAGCCAGCCAACAAACUGUGGAUGCAAAUGCUGACCCGCAGCGCUGCCGGGUGUGGCUGCUUCAGGCUUCCGUGUUAUCCGCUCCGGGCUGAAUUUGUUUAUGGUGAACGGCGGCGCUACUUGAUGGGCUUGCGAUGACCACAGACAGCACUGACCUGCGUCCACCUGAAAGGCAGCACACGGCAGCAACUCCAACACUAGCGUGAAACUUGCGUUUUGUGGAUUCCGUCCCCACUUACAGGAGCUUGUGGACUCUUGUUGCUCAGUAGGUGAGAGUUAUCGUUACCGACAAUGUCAGACAGAGGACUGCUACGACACAUCCGCCAUCCUCCUCAACCUCCAACACCGAUACUGGUUUGUUCCAAGGUGAUGCUCUGCAUCCUGCCUGUCGCCGAGAUCGCAAUUGGUGUGUCUUACCUGGAUGAGUGUCCGAGGCAGCACUACAUCCCCAUCUACCUGAUAGUGAUGGGGAUCUUUGGGAUGCUGCUGACCGUGCAGUCCUGUCUGCCCUGCGCUCAGGAGCCCAAAGACGGGACCACCAACCCCAUCAGCCACUACUGCAUAGCCUGGAACUCCCUGACCUCCCUCUUCCUCUUCUGCUGGUUCAUCACCGGUAAUGUGUGGAUCUACUCCAUCUAUAAACCCAACUUCAAUCAGACUACAACAAAUCUGGAUCCAUACUGCAACAAGACGCUCUACCUGUUUGCGUUCUGGACCACCACCCUGGUCUACAUCUUCCUGGGCCUCUUCCUGUUGUUCGGCUCCUGUGUGCUCGGCUGCUUCUUCGUGUGCGGCCGGGCCGACCCGGACGAUGACGUGUAGACGGACCCGACCGAAGGAGGAAUGAGUCUGCAUUGAUCUCAGGGGGCUGCAAAUAAGGAGCUUAAUGGUUAUUCAAUGAACGCGUUGUUGGUCCAAUCAGGAGUCAACUACAUAUCUUAUUCAUCAGCAUCACAUAGCAGGUUUCUCUCAUUGUGACCAUUAGAUGCAUCUACUGUUACCUUUCUAGUAGUUACAGCCUUCUGUUCUGAUGAAGCCUAGUCUUCGUCACCAUCUCCAGAUGCCUAUUUAACUCUAAACGCCGCCUUGCUACAGAUUAAAACAGUCAUUGAUUAUUGAUUAGGCACAUGAGCAUCGACUCGGUAACCUUUUUUCUCUGCCUUUGCAGCAAGUGCACUUUCUUUUUCAGCUAAACAAAUGAGUCAGGUUGCAGCACUAUUUAUACGGUAUUCUGUAUUACAUUGUGUUACUGUAUGUACAUGGUCAGCUUGAACUCCACUGAAGGUUUUUGUACAGCGCUCAUUGAAAUUCAACAUAAAAUGACUGAUGAUAAAUUCUCCUGUAUUUUUCCUCCUGUCUGAAGCGAAUGAAUCGUAUCAUUGUAGUUGUAGCACACUUGUUGCUUGCACAGCAAUACAAAUGAUGAA